GGCGCAUCCCCGGCGCUCCAUCCCCGCCCCGCAGCCGCCCGAGCGGAGCCGCCGCGGCCGGACCCGAUGCCGGGAGCUGGGCGCUGAGGGCGGCCCCGACAUGGGGGUUCUCAGCAUCACGGACCAGCCCCCUCUGGUCCAAGCCAUCUUUAACCGGGAUGUGGAGGAGGUUCGGUCGCUGCUCAAUCAGAAGGAGAACAUCAAUGUGCUGGACCAGGAACGCCGGACCCCGCUCCACGCUGCUGCCUACAUCGGAGACGUUGCAAUCCUCGAGCUGCUCAUCCUGUCAGGUGCUAACGUGAACGCCAAGGACACGGUGUGGCUGACGCCGCUGCACCGCGCCGCGGCCUCGCGCCACGAGAAAGCCCUCCAGCUGCUCCUCAAGCACUCGGCCGAUGUCAACGCCCGCGACAAGCACUGGCAGACGCCGCUGCACGUGGCCGCGGCCAACCGGGCCACCAAGUGCGUGGAGGCGCUGGUGCCGCUGCUCAGCACCGUCAACGUGGCCGACCGCACCGGGCGCACGGCGCUGCACCACGCCGUGCACAGCGGGCACCUGGAGAUGGUGAAUUUGCUGCUCAACAAAGGUGCCAGCCCCAGCACGUGUGACAAGAAGGACCGGCAGCCCCUGCACUGGGCGGCCUUCCUGGGUCACCUGGAGGUGCUGAAGCUGCUGGUGGCCCGCGGGGCCGAUGUCAUGUGCAAGGACAGGAAGGGUUACACGCUGCUGCACACGGCGGCCGCCAGCGGCCAGAUCGAGGUCGUGCGUCACCUCCUCAGGCUGGGGGUGGAGAUCGACGAGCCCAACUCCUUCGGGAACACGGCGCUGCACAUCGCCUGCUACAUGGGCCAGGACGCGGUGGCCAACGAGCUGGUCAACGUGGGGGCCAACGUCAACCAGCCCAACGAGAAGGGCUUCACCCCCCUGCACUUCGCCGCCGUCUCCACCAACGGCGCCCUGUGCCUCGAGAUCCUCGUCAACAACGGCGCCGACGUCAACUUCCAGAGCAAGGAAGGGAAGAGCCCCCUGCACAUGGCGGCGAUCCACGGACGGUUCACGCGCUCGCAGAUCCUCAUCCAGAACGGCAGCGAGAUCGACUGCGCCGACAAGUACGGCAACACCCCCCUGCACGUGGCCGCUCGCUAUGGCCACGAGCUGCUAAUUAGUACGUUAAUGACCAAUGGUGCUGACACUGCCAGGCGUGGCAUCCACGACAUGUUCCCCCUGCACUUGGCCGUUCUCUUCGGGUUCUCCGACUGUUGUCGCAAGCUGCUUUCCUCAGGUCAGUUGUACAGCAUCGUGUCCUCGCUGAGCAACGAGCACGUGCUGAGCGCCGGCUUCGACAUCAACACCCCCGACAACCUGGGCAGGACCUGUCUGCACGCUGCUGCUUCCGGAGGGAACGUUGAAUGUCUGAACCUGCUGCUGAGCAGCGGCGCCGACCUGCGGAGGAGGGACAAGUUCGGGAGGACCCCCCUGCACUACGCGGCGGCCAACGGCAGCUACCAGUGCACGGUGACCCUGGUGACAGCCGGGGCCACCGUCAACGAGGCCGACGGCAAAGGCUGCACGGCGCUGCACUACGCGGCUGCCUCCGACACCUACCGCAGAGCCGAGGCUCAUUCAGGACCCAGCGAGGAGGAGCCCCUGAAGGAGUCGAGGCUGAAGGAGGCGUUCUUCUGUCUGGAAUUCCUGCUGGACAACGGUGCUGACCCCUCCCUGCGGGACAAGCAGGGCUACACCGCCGUCCACUACGCCGCCGCCUACGGCAACCGGCAGAACCUCGAGCUGCUCCUGGAAAUGUCCUUUAACUGCCUGGAGGAUGUGGAAAGCACCGUUCCAGUCAGCCCUUUGCACUUAGCUGCCUACAAUGGUCACUGUGAAGCCCUCAAGGCUCUGGCUGAGACCUUGGUGAACCUGGACGUGCGGGACCACAAGGGCCGCACCGCGCUCUACCUGGCCACGGAGCGCGGCGCCAGCGAGUGCGUGCAGGUGCUCACCAGCCACGGCGCCUCCGCCCUGGUCAAGGAGAGGAAGAGGAAGUGGACACCUCUCCAUGCUGCAGCUGCCAACGGGAACACGGAUUCCCUGCACCUCCUGAUCGACAGCGGCGAGCGGGCGGACAUCACCGACGUCAUGGACAUCCACGGCCAGACCCCGCUGAUGCUGGCCAUCAUGAACGGCCACGUGGACUGUGUCCAUCUCCUGCUGGACAAGGGCUCCACGGCCGACGCCGCCGACAAGAGGGGCCGGACGGCGCUGCACCGGGGGGCGGUGACGGGCUGUGAGGACUGCCUGGCUGCCCUGCUGGACCACGAUGCCUUCGUCCUGUGCCGGGACUUCAAGGGCCGCACCCCGAUCCACUUCGCCUCGGCCUGCGGGCACCUGGAGGUGCUGCGGACGCUGCUGCGCGCCGCGCUCUCCACCGACCCGCUGGACGCCGUGGUGGACUACAGCGGCUACUCGCCCAUGCACUGGGCCUCCUACAGUGGGCACGAAGAUUGUCUUGAAUUGUUACUUGAACACAACCCGUUUGCUUACCUAGAGGGAAAUCCCUUUACUCCAUUGCACUGUGCAGUAAUCAACAACCAGGACGGCACUGCUGAGAUGCUGGUGGAAGCUCUGGGUGCCAAGAUUGUCAAUAGCAGAGAUGCCAAAGGAAGGACCCCCCUUCACGCCGCUGCCUUCGCAGACAACGUCCGAGGUUUACAGCUCCUGCUGCGCCACCAGGCCCUCGUGGACUCGGCCGACAAACUGGGCAGGACCCCCCUGAUGGUGGCAUCGGAGAACGGGCACACGGCGGCGCUGGAGUUCCUGCUGUUCCAAGCAAAAGCAAAUAUUACUGUGCUGGAUGUCAACAAGAACACAGCUCUUCACCUGGCCUGCAGCAAGGGCCAUGAAAAGUGUGCCUUGUUGAUCCUGGGGGAAACCCAAGACCUUGGCCUUAUCAAUGCAAGUAACAGUGCUCUGCAGAUGCCGCUGCACAUCGCGGCGCGGAACGGCCUGGCCUCGGUGGUGCAGGCCCUGCUCAGCCGCGGGGCCACCGUGCUGGCUGUGGAUGAAGAAGGUCACACCCCAGCCCUGGCGUGUGCCCCCAACAAGGACGUGGCCGACUGCCUGGCACUGAUCCUCUCCACCAUGAAGCCUUUCCCGCCCAAGGACGCGCUCGGCUCCUUCAGCCUCAGCCUCCUCACGAACUGCGGCAUCGCGGCCAAGGCGGCGGCGGCGGCGGCCUGCGGGGCCCUCCCGGUGCCGGUGCCGGCCUGCGGGGCCCUGCCGGUGCCGGCCUGCGGGGCCCUGCCGGUGCCGGCCCGCGGGGCCCUCCCGGUGCCGGUGCCGGCGUGCGGGGCCCUCCCGAACGGCUCCUCCUGCCCCUACUCCAAGGACCGCCACAGCGCCAUCGGCCUGGACGGCUGCUACUCGGAGUGACCUCCCCCCCUUCCCCCGACCACGGGUGACCUGAUAUCUUUAUUCUAUUUAUUUAGAAAUUCUAUAAAUAUAGGGCACUUUAAAGGAGAACAAGACCGGGCGGGCCCAGCGUGGGGUGGGUGAGGGUGAGGGUGGGGGUGAGGCCGAGAGUUCGGGGUUUGUGUGGUUCCAGUGGGGUCAGAGCGGUGCCAGGCACGGUCCCUGUGCCCUCCCUGGCUGGCAGGGGCUGGAAGGGGCAGGGUUUGGGCUGGCAGGGGCUGAAGGGGGCAGAAUUUGGGCUGGCAGGGGCUGAAGGGGGCAGAAUUUGGGCUGGCACGUUCCUGGUACCCUCCCAACCCUCCCUGGCUGGCAGGGGCUGGAAGGGGCAGGGUUUGGGCUGGCAGGGGCUGGAAGGGGCAGGGUUUGGGCUGGCAGGGGCUGAAGGGGGCAGAAUUUGGGCUGGCAGGGGCUGAAGGGGGCAGGGUUUGGGCUGGCACAUCCCUGGGAUGGAAGGGGCAGGAUUUGGGCUGGCAUGAUUUGGGCUGGCAGGAUUUGGGCUGGCAGGAUUUGGGCUGGCACAUCCCUGGCAUGGAAGGGGCAGGAUUUGGGCUGGCACCAGGCAGGUGCUGUUGGGUUUUUCCCUUCGGGGUUGAUGGCAGCCAUUUCCUCCCCUCCCUUCCUCUUGCCCUCCUGGCAUCUUUGUUUCCUUCCUGCUGUUUCUGUUUCCUUCCCAACAUUUUUGUUUCAUUCCCAAAUUUUUUAUUUCCUUCCCAACGUUUUUUGUUUCCUCCUUGGUGUUUCCUUCCUGGUGUUUCUGUUUCUUUCCCAAUUUUUUUUUAUUUCCUUCCCAGAGUUUUUAUUCCCUUCCCAAAGGAAACCAAAUUUCAGUUUUGGUUUUCAUUUCAUUCCCAGCAAUUCCCUCCCUGCUCAGCUGGGAUCACAACAAACCUGAACUCUUGGCCAGGGAGGGAAUUUGGGAAUUUAUUUGGGGGAAUUUGGGAAUUUAUUUGGAGAUUUUUGUCCAGCCAGGGUGGGAAUUUGGGAAUUAAUUUGGGGGAAUUUGGGAAUUUAUUUGGGGGAAUUUGAGAAUUUAUUUGAGGAUUUUUGUCCAGCCAAGGUGGGAAUUUGGGAAUUAAUUUGGGGGAUUUUGGGACUUUAUUUGAGGGAAUUUGGGAAUUUAUUUGGAGGUUUUUGUCCAGCCAGGGUGGGAAUUUGGGAAUUAAUUUGAGGGAAUUUGGGGAAUUAAUUUGGGGGAAUUUGGGAAUUUAUUUGGGGGGAUUUGGGAAUUUAUUUGCAGAUUUUUGUCCAGCCAGGGUGGAAAUUUGGGAAUUUUUUGGGGGGAAUUUGGGAAUUUAUUUGGAGGUUUUUGUCCAGCCCAGGUGGGAAUUUGGGAAUUUAUUUGAGGGAUUUUUGCCCAGCCAGGGUGGGAAUUUGGGAAUGAAUUUGGGGGAAUUUGGGAAUUUAUUUGGAGAUUUUUGCCCAGCCGGGGUGGAAAUUUGGGAAUUAAUUUGGGGGAAUUUGGGAAUUUAUUUGGAGGUUUUUGUCCAGCCCAGGUGGGAAUUUGGGAAUUAAUUUUGGGGAAUUUGGGAAUUUAUUUGGAGAUUUUUGUCCAGCCCAGGUGGGAAUUUGGGAAUUUAAUUGAGGGAUUUUUGCCCAGCCAGGGUGGGAAUUUGGGAAUUUUUUGGGGGGAUUUUAGGAAUUUAUUUGGAGAUUUUUGUCCAGCCGGGGUGGAAAUUUGGGAAUUUAUUGGGGGGAAUUUGGGAAUUUAUUUGGAGGUUUUUGUCCAGCCAGGGUGGAAAUUUGGGAAUUUUUGGGGGGGAUUUUGGGAAUUUAAUUGAGGGAUUUUUGCCCAGCCAGGGUGGGAAUUUGGGAAUUUAUUUGGGGGGAUUUUAGGAAUUUAUCUGAGGGAUUUUGGUCCAGCCAGGGUGGGAAUUUGGGAAUUUAUUUGGGGGAUUUUAGGAAUUUAUCUGAGGGAUUUUGGCCCAGCCAGGGUGGGAAUUUCCCCUCUCCUCUCCUCUCCUCCUACCCCCAAAAAAACCACUUGAAAACCCCAAAUCUGCUGUACCUGGCACCCCAAAUCCCUUUGGCAGCUGAAUUUGGGGCAAAUCCAACUAAACCCGGGUGCCCCACUGGAGCCUCCUCCCCUCACAGGCACUUUAGGGAUUCUGUUGCUUUUUCCUUUUUUAGGGAUUUUUUUUUUCUUCUUUCAAUUUAUCACCUCCUAAAAAUUGCUUUUUUUUUCCCCCCUUUGUGUGGAGAGAGUCAGUGUUGGUUGCUUGCUUGGUUGAUUGUUUAUUUUUCUCUUUAAAAAAAAAAAAAUAGAAUUAUUUAUAGAGAAA